ACUGAAGCCGCUUGUCCCCGCCCCCUCCCUUCUCCACCCGAGAAGACAGCAUCAUCCAUCCUUGCAGGGCUCACGCGCGCUGCGUGAUCCUCCACAUCACAGCCGAAGCUUCUCCGAGCCGAUGGAGUAGUAGUAGUAGCGUAGUGGGAGGCUGCUGUUCCUUUAAUUCCUCCUUCGCGUUUAAUGGAGUCGCCUUUUCCCAGGCAUAUUCCUCCACCACAUCGCGAGUGAGCUGCUGUGAAUCCUGAGAGCACACGUCUCCCAACAGGAGCCAAGAUGGCGACCAACAACACCUUGCGCAGCUACUCCAUCAUUCCGUGUUUCAUCCUUGUGGAGCUCGUCAUCAUGUCUGGCACGGUGCUGUUGGCCUACUACAUGGAGUGCACGGACCUGUUUGGCGUGCACGUGCAGGGCUUCUUCUGUAAUGAUGCUGAGCUGAUGAAGCCGUACCCUGGAACAGAGGAGUCCAGCUUCGUCCCCCCCCUCAUCCUCUACUGCGUGGUGGCCGCUGCUCCCACAGUUAUAAUCUUCAUCGGAGAGGUUUCCAUGUAUGUGAUGAAAUCAACAAGGGAAGCUCUCCUGGCCCAGGAGAAAACCAUAGUGACGGGAGACUGUUGUUACCUCAACCCCCUAAUCCGCCGCAUCAUACGCUUCAUUGGUGUGUUUGCUUUUGGCCUGUUCGCCACAGACAUCUUCGUCAACGCAGGCCAGGUGGUGACCGGGGGCCUCUCACCUUACUUUCUGUCUGUCUGCAAGCCCAACUACACAGGCGCCGAGUGUCGCUUCAAUCACCAGUUCAUCAUCAAUGGCAACAUUUGCACUGGGAACCCUUUUGUUGUGGAGAAUGCACGCCGGUCAUUCCCGUCCAAGGAUGCUUCUCUGAGUGUUUACUCGGCCGUUUACCUGACGAUGUACAUCACCAGCACUAUCAAGACCAAGUCCAGCCGCCUGGCCAAGCCCGUGCUCUGUCUGGGCAUGCUCUGUUCAGCCUUCCUCACCGGUCUCAACCGAGUCUCAGAGUAUCGAAACCACUGCUCAGAUGUAGUGGCUGGGUUUAUACUGGGAUCAGCCAUUGCUUUGUUUCUGGGCAUCUGUGUUGUGAACAACUUCAAAGGCGUUCACAACGCAGCGGCAAAACAGAAGACGGAGGAGUACCGUGGGUUGCCUCUGAUGACGUUCCCCCGUGUAGAGAGCCCACUGGAGACCCUCAGCGCGCAGAGUAGUCAGGCAUGAAUUGUUGCACCACCUCCCCGUUUCAUCUGCACAGAAACUUACACAGAGCACUUGUUGCACCUAUUAAAAUAUCUCCUUGUCCAUUACCUCUCCCUCCUUCUCCGUUCCUCCUCAACCAUGCAUCUUUCAGAACCACUCGGCAUCCAUGACGGAGGUCACAUGACUAAGGGGGCAGCACCGGGUCACGUUUGCGUCUCCACAGCACUUCCAGACACAAUGACGAGGACGCAUGCCACGUGGCGCCGAAUGCUUACAAAAACACACACCUGGUUUAUCUGUUUAAAUCACCUGGGGGACAGAAUUCACCAUGUUUGUUGUGGUUUUCAUCUUGCUUGGCUAUGCUAUGUUUACCCAGCCAAGAUGUACAGAUCAGACCAAUGCAAAGGUAUCACAAAGCCAACUUUACUCUAAGCACAGGUUGUUCUUUUUCCAGGUUUUCGAAAUCCUUUAAAGCAUGGUACAUUGUUGUCCUCCAUGGUGUGCCGUCUGUAGUUAGAGGAUGGUGUUUUGUACGUUUUGUAUGAGAGAGUGCCGUAGCCUAUCCUGACGAUGUUAAACCUGCACACUUCCUGUCAGCUGACUCACUGUUUUACAUCACAUCCUGUCAGGUGAAAUGCCUCGUCAAGCACCGCAUCCAUCCCACUGCAAUUGGAAAAAAGUUAUUGAUGUUGUUGUUCUGUGGUGUUUGUCAUUUGUACAGAAAAAAAAACACACAAUAGAGACAGAAACCUUCUUUUUAUUGUCUCUCUGUACAUUAAUUGACCAUUAUGAGGUCAUAUUUUUUAAGGAUUUUUGUUAAUCUGUAUAAACAUUAUGAUCCAUUUGGACCUGUUUGCUUGCUGUAAACCUGAAUAUGUUCUAGUAUCAGUUUAGGUGUUUUGGGGAGGAACUCCUCUCCCCUUGGGAGGAAAGCUGAGGUAGAGUCGGCAACAUCCUGCAAGCCAGAAAAUGGGAUCUAGCAUCCGGUCAUCAGAUCCAACACUUGAAAGUGUCUUUGGUUAAAAUGCUCCUUAUGAUUGUCUUUAAUCUAUGUCCUAAUUAACUCUAAUGUUAACAAUAUGUGUUAAUGUGGGACAUGUCAGAUCUACAUAAAGAUUUACCCCAAGAGGAUUCUAGAAAACAACCUCGAUUUCCAAAGGAGGGGAACAGAAUCAGAAAUAACCUUAAAAGUAGCGUAUAACUGAGCUUGUAUUUUCAUAGCCAGUGACUCCUGCUUCACUCUUCCUCCUCGAGGCACCCCUUCCUCUCCCCAACCCACCUGUGGAUUGUGAUGCAAUGUUGUGACUCCAUUUCCUAUGGGAAGAUAAGCCCAGCAUGAAAAGAGAAGUCGAUAUGUUUUAUAGAUAUUACUCAUGGUCAUUGUCAUGUCUGUUUCUUUAGAGACAAAAAAGAUUUUCAUCAGAAAUGCUAUAUAUUUUUUUCUUUGUCAAAAAUUAAAUAGUCAGUAGCAACA